UUGUGUGCGUGCGGGUGUAUGUGCGUGCGCGCGCGCCUUGGCUGCCAGUGUGUAUGUCCUGUAUGUGUGUGUGUUUCCACUCUGGCUCGCGGAAGAAUGUCUGCCUCUGCGUGCAUGUGCAUUUGUGUGUGUGUGUGUGUGUGUGUGUGUGUGUGUGUUUCAUUCGCCAUGCUUGUGCGACUCCUGCUAGCGUCUGCUCCGCGGAGAAAAGAUGGCAAAAAAAAGAGGGGUUGGGGGGCACGCGCGCGCUCGCGCAUACACACGAACACGCACGCACGCACACGCACACUUAAACGCGCGCUCAUGUGUGCUGCGUUAUUGUGCGAGAUCCAGAGGUGGCCUGCGUGCAGCGGCGGCGCGCGACCGCUUUACAGGCUUCACUGCAGAGCUGCAGAAUGCAUACAAAAGAACGCGCGCGCGUGAGCGUGUGUGUGUGUGUGUGUGUGUGUGCCACAGACAGACCUCUGACUAGCAAAUAAUCGUCUGAGGGCUGUGUAUUGUGUGUGUUAAUCUCCCGAUGGAAGAAAUGGAGUGAUGAAAACGAGAACUCACAAAGAGCCGAUGCCUGUACGUAGUGGGCGAAGGCGGGGUGGCAGCGAGGAGCGGAGGGGGAGACGUCCACAUCCUAGCCCAUCUCGAGCAGAACGGAAUGAACGACAAACACAGAGGGCUGCAGGAGAAGAGCUCGGUUGCUUUAACAGACGACCCCAAGGACAGGAUUCUUCCGAAAGUGAUGGAGAGCGGAAUAUUCCUCCACCGAAAAGACAGAAGGUCCAGGAUUCGAGUGCCCCAGCGUCAACCCAUUCAACUGGCACGACCACUUCGGCACCGCAUCCGACUUCCUGCAACACCCAGUCACGGGAGAGUGACAACGAAGAUGGCCAGUCACAAGGCAGCCGCAGCUCGGCUGGAGGAAGCUUAGCCAAUAGCAGCAGUAGUAUUAGCAGUGGGCGGGAUAUCGAUCAGGACAAUCGAUCCUCUUCGCCGAGCCUCUCUGGCUCUCCGUUGGCCAGUUUGGACUCUGAAUCAGACUCGCCAGAUUCACCAAAGCAAAGUGGGAAGGUAAAAGAAGGAGUGGUGCCUAAACCGGCAGGCACAGGAAGGGGGAAUGAAAGUAGUAGUGGAGAAUGUCGGGACACUGAGGGUGGGAAAGAGGCCGAUUUAUCAGUAUUGAAAUCGCCAUCAUCGCUUUGUCCUUUGAAUGAGAGCAGCAGUGCCAGAAAAUCCUACUUUUCAGUUGACCCUAAAAUAGCACCCAAGAUGGAGUUCUCUGGCGUUGUUGGCGAUGAGGUGUUACAUGGCUGCAGCCGCAGCAAUGUUAACCCCAAAACGGCCUCUCAGUGUGGAGGAAAGAUGGUGGUUGGUGGAGCAGAGUAUCCCCAUGGAAAUCCCAAUGUUAGCCAUGCGUCCUCCUCUGCUCUUCCACCUCCGCCUGCUCUGAAGCCUCUAGAGGCAGGCCAGGUUGCUCCAGUUGAUAUUAAAAUGGAGAAGGUGGAGAAAUGUGACAAAGCUCCACCGUCUCUGCUUCCACAGGCCACCUCCUUACCUCAACAGACCCCUUCCCCUCGCCACACUCAUCACUACAACCCUGCUACAUGGUCAGGCAGUGCUGUUUCGACUUGCCAUGGGAACUGGGGAUACACACGUUAUCCAGGUGUCCACCAUGCACCUGUGCAACAGCAACAACUGCCCUCUGUCUACAACCCCCCCUCUUCUACCCGUCACUCAUCCCAUCCCUCAUACUUGCCCCACCCUCAUUUACCUCACCCACACAGGGAGUAUUUGCCCAAGUACAGCAGUCCAGCUGAUCGGGACAGGGCCGCAAGGGACAUUGCAAUUAAAGAUGGAACUGGUGGAUCUGGUUCACAUAACAGUGCUAAUAUGGGAAAUGAUUUUGUGGCUCCUGUUCCUGGACAGAGUCGAGAAUUUGGAGCAACAGCCAGAGAUGGACCUUCAGGUGGUCGGGAAUUCCGACCGGGAUUCCGGGAGAGGGAAAGAGACUUCUCUUUGCAAAAUCAGAACCAGCAACACGUAGCACAGAGCCGGGACUUUGGACCUGGUGCGGGGAGUGGGGCAGGGGUUGCAGGUGGGUGUCACCCAAGAGACAAGGAGGGAAGAUGGGGAGAGUAUGCAGGCCAGGCAAGAGAAGUAGGUGGCAACAGCAAUCCAAAUAAUGCCAACCAAGUAAAUGUUAGCACUUCAAGCUCCAGUUUACCAUCUAGUUCUCCACUAAACAGUUCAUCCACCCCAAACAAAGAGUUUCAGACAACAGUGGAGCAGGUGGGGCAAGGGCAUCAAGGACAUCAAGUUCCUGCUACUGGGUCAGAUCCUCCUCCCACUGGACACUUCCUAAGGGAAUACCCUCCACUAGAGACCAAGGAGUACCCUCCAGCAGGUGCUCAACCUUCAUCUGCUCCUCACCCUGGCCCUUCUAGAGAAUACCCAAGUCCCACCAGACUUGCUUCUAAUAUGGGUCGGGAUUUUGCUGGAGGGCCUGCUGUUCCCCACCCACACUACCUGGUCCAGCCAGGCCUAGCUGUCCAAUCUAGGGAUAGGGAAAGGGAGAGGGAAAGAGAACGAGAGAACAGUGUUCCAUCUUCCAUUUAUCACACUCGUAAUCACCCACCAUCUCUUUCUCCUUCCUCAUCUUCUUCCACACAUGGACACCAGCCUCCUGCCUCAUAUCCCCCAGCUUCCCACAGCCAGCAGCCUCUUCCACCGUCCACACAUCCUCCUAGCCAAACCCGUCCAGGGCAGUACCCCUCAUCCAAUCAAAGCCCACCUACUACUAUUUCUCCACUUCCUAGUCCAUCAGGCAAUCAAAUGGGAGCAUUUCCCCAAUUUUCAUCAACUUCUGCACCUUCUGUGUCAGGUGCAGUCACUUCCUGUCUGUCUGGGUGCCGACCGGCCCCUUAUCACGGCACUUUAAACAGUCACACCCCUUUUGCUGGUGCUUACCAUGGCAAUAGUAACCAUAGCAGCACUGUAGGUGCCAGCAAUCCAAAUAGCAACAAUAGUGUUAAUAGUCAAAUGCAGUUGCAUUCGCCUACACCCUCGAAAAUCCAGCCACAUCUCUGCAACCCUGUUGCUCCACCUAGUAAUGCACCUGCCGGUGCAGACAGCCAAUCCGAAUCAUCAUCGUGUCCUUUGCCGCCACCUGUCAUUAAGGAGGAGCCAAUAGAAGAGAGGGAGGAACCUGAGAGUCCACCUACUGUGCUCAGAAGCCCCUCGCCUGAGCCAAAGGUUAUCGAUAUUCCAAUUCAUGCAAGCCAAUCUGCUCGGUUUCACAGGGUUCUAGAUCGUGGCAAUGGGAAUUCCUGUGCUCGCACCGAUGUCCUCUUCAUUCCAUUGGAUGGAUCAAAACUCUGGAAAAAAAGGAAUGAGGCAAUUGAACGAGCCAGACGAGAGGUAGAACAGAGGGCUCGUGACCUGAGAGAGAAGGAGAGAGAGCGGGAGAGGGAGAGAGAAAGGGAGCGUGAAAGGGAGAGGGAUCUGGAGAGACACCUACAGCAGAAGGACAGCAAUCAUGGAGCAGUUCAACGUCAAGGCUCCACUCUCUUCUUUUCUCCUUCCUCCUCUCUUCUCCUCGAUCCUUCUUCCUCAUCCUCCUCUCCCUGUUUAAACCCCUCCCACCACCCUGCCCACCACCCCAGCCACUCAAUUCACCCUUCGCAUGCCCACGCUCUCCACCCUUCCCUCUCUCAUUCCAUCCCUCAUUCCCUUCUCCUACCUUCUGUUGGAGGUCUUGGCCCAUAUCUUGGGCCUGACACACCAGCAUUGAGGACGCUGAGCGAAUAUGCCCGUCCCCAUGCAAUGUCACCUCUUGGCACAGCCAAUCGGGCUCCACCCCAUUUUCACCCCCACCCCCACCCCCACCCGCAUCCGCAUACACAUCCACACGUCCACCCGUCACUUUUUCUGCCUCAGUUCCAAAAUCCUGCCCUCACGCAUCCACAUCACCUUCCAGCGGAUGCGGCCACUGCCGCAGCCAUCCUCGGAUUUCUUUAUGGAACCGGCUUGGAAGGAGGCCAUGGCCACCCUGUUGCAGGGCCGGUGGCAGGGCCUGGCCCAGGUGGAAUGGCAGGACUAGGGGCUGGCCUUGGAGGGAUGGGGUUUCCACACUCUGUGACAGCUCACAGGGAGCGAGUGAAGUCAGGGUUUGACUUUAAAAGUGAAUUCGACUCACAUACGCAUGCUCAUUCACACUCCUUACUGCUAGGAAGUGGGCCUGGUGGUGGAGCUCCGAACAAUGAGGUUUCGAUUUAUGGGACUCCUCCACCACCAGCUCCAGCUCCUCAAGCCCUUGCUUCAGUUGCAAGAAACCCGAGCGCUGUCCCUCAGCCUUUGUCAACCCCGCCUACUUCUUCCUUGUUACCACCUUCCCUACCUAGUCAUGCCCCACCCACUGUAAACCCUAUAGGUCCUGCCCCUCCUCCUCCUGCACCUCCUCCACCUCCUCCUGCACCUACUGCUUCUUCUCUCAAUCACCCCUCCUCUCACUCCUCCCACCCCACCCAGCCCCCAGCUCCUGAAGGUUACUCAAACCCGAGUCGGACUCCACCUAGUACCGAGAGAGCACGGAGUGUGGACCGAGAGAGAGAGAAAGAAAGAGAGAGAUCACUGCCGAGUGGAGACCGGGAACGAGGAGCCCCAGCUCCUCCGGCUGGGGGUGGAACUUCAGGAGGAGGUGGGACAUCAGGAGGAGGUGCAUCUGGAGAGUCUCUGGGGCGACUGCAAAUGCUAAACGUCACUCCACAUCAUCACCAGCACUCACACAUUCACUCUCACCUGCAUCUGCACCAGCAAGAAACAGCACCCAGCAGUGUGCACCCGCUCAUCGAUCCGUUAGCGACGGGAGCUCCGUUACCACGGCUACCGUAUCCAGGAUCCAUCAUCACACACCCGCUCACAGAGAGCGACGUACUGCGACAGCAACUUUUCGGUGCUCCGUUCCGUGAUUUACCCCCCCACUCCUCCGUGCAUCAUCAGAACACAGAGCUUCAGAUCCAGAGACUCGCCCUGGAGCAGCAGUGGAUCCAUCACCACCAUCACUCUCUCACACAGGAAGAGUAUUACAGCCACCUGAAGAAGGAAAGCGACAAGACGCUGUAAGCGCGGAACCGAGCGCCGGAGAACGACGGGAAAGUGCAAAUAAACGAAUGAAGGAAGCGACGACACGAGCGGCGGCACACGACGCCGACGCCGUGACGCGACGACCGUCCGGUGUCCUGAGCGCGCACUACUGACAAGGGCGCUAAAGUCAUUCAUAAGCUCAUUUCCAAGACGGUGCGUUCUGAUUGGCUGAGAACAAAACAAACGUUUCUGGACCCCUAAACAAGGAACCACAUAUGGGUUGAAAAAACAGGUGUCCGAAUACGUCAUCGUAGCUGAUAUUUUUUAUAAAUUGGUGGAUUCCAAGAUCAACAAUAUCAAAAUACUAUUGGGUAUAUACGAUCCGUCAUUGUUUCGAACGCGUAGGAAACACGACAGACGGAAUUUAGCAGCACUAAUAUCCGAUUUAUUAACAACACUUCGCACUUUGUGUCCGAUUAACCGGGAAAAACACAUUCCUGUUUCCUGCGACUUUUUAAACAUCACCACCGGAGAACUUUUUAUACGAAAUCUUUCCAUUUACUGGUUCGUUAAGACGUCCUUGACUAGCAUGCUAGCUCCCCUAAUUUUUUUCCCCAUCCAUUAUCGACUCAAAUUGCGAGAAUUUCAUUUCUAUUCCGAACCAAAUUCCUUGAAUCACCACAAAAAAAUAUUUUCUGUGUCUCACUAGGGGGCACUGUUUAUUUCUUUUUUCACCAAGCAAGCAGCACGGUCCUUACAAAAUCAGUAGUGCGCACUCUGAGGACUUUAAUAAAGACACGUGUGUGUGUGUGUGUGUGUGUGUGUGUGUGUGUGUGUGUAAUAAACACUCAUGUUAGUGCGCUCCGAUGUCCGAGAGCCAGCGACUGACACAGACUUUCUCAAAUUUUAUUAUUAUUUUUUUUUCGUCUUUGCAUGUAGCUAUAAGGUAAAAAAAAAAAAAAAAAAACAACUAACAAAAAGCCCUGAUAUUUCGCAUUUUUUUGGGGGUGAUAUUUAAAAAAAAAAAAAAAAGAGGAAAAAGAAAGUAUGUUUUUUUCCUUUUCUAGAGCCUCGCUCUGAGGGGUAUGGAACGAAGGGAGCGAGUGUGUACUCGAGUGUGCAUGUGUACAUACACUCCGCUCUCAUCUCACACCCUUUCUUUAUAGUAUUGUUCUUAAUUAUUAUUAUUAUUAAUUAUUAUUAUUAUGAUUAAUAUCAAUGUUGUCAAUGUUUGUUAAUACGUGUAAUAUUAUAUAAACAUAUUAUUUUGUGUUUGACAUAUUUUUUUACUUUUUCAUGGUAACCUUUGAUUUUUUCGAUUUUGAUUUCGGGAAUUUUACUCGUGGGAUUCCAAUGAAUUAAAAAAAUAAUAAUGAAAAAAGUUGCAAGAUUCCAAUAGACAAGAGGAAAUCUGGAAAUAAAACUUUUUUUUUUCCUAA